UAUCAGUUCUAUUUCGUAAAGUAAAAAUUUUCACCAGUCAGUAUCAGCAAUACUUCACCAGUCCUUUAACAUUUCUAUCGAAUUAUUCAAUUGAGUAAGUUUAAACAGAAUGAUCUACCGAAUGAAACCUAAAGUUCAUCUGUUUGGUUGUCGUGUCCGUAGAAUGACAGAAGAGGAAAGUGCUAAUUAUAAUUGAAUUAUAAUUUGUAUUUGAUUGAACUAAUUUGAUUAUUUUGUUUGAGUACUAUGGCUGGAGGACAAUGGGAAGUAGUUGGUGGAAAAGCUAAGAAACCUAAAAAUACUAAGAAAGAAGUUAAAAAAGAAGAAAAAUCAAAUGGAGUUUCCACUUUUGUUACAGCAGGUCCAAUAUCAGAAAGUAAGACUGUUUUCAAUGCCUUUUUGGAGAAAGAAAAGAAGGAACAACCUCCAAAACAACAAAAAAGUAAUGAACCAGCUAAAAGUAAAGAAAAAAGUGGACCUCAUAAGAAAAAGGUGGAUAAAAAAGCUCCUGCAGCCAAGACUUCUUUAGAAGAUUUGUGUUCUAGUAUUUCUGAAGAUGAUGUUAAGAAUCAUUUAGCUACUCUAGAGGUUUUGCUUCCGAAUUCUCCUUUACUUUGGCUCAAGGAUUUAGCUACAUUUUUCAAUGUCAAACUAGAUAUUGCCAUUGACGCUGCUGCUUGGACUUCAAAACCUGCUGGUUAUCCAUGCUCAUUGCUGAAGAAAGGUGUUUAUAAGCAUAUUGUAAAGACUUAUAAUCGUUGCACUCCUCAGACUCUUCAAAUCUUUCAUGAAUUUUGUUUAAAUGGACUAGUUCAAGAUGGAUUAAAAGGUCAGCAUAUAGUAGGCUAUAUUACUGUUCUUCAAUGUCUUGCUCAAGAAAUGCCAACAGUUAUGUCAUCCAAUUUUUCAAAGUAUUCGGAACUUUGUAAUGCCCAUUCAAAUCGACAGAAUAUAUGUCUCUUGUUGUGGUGGAUUGCUGGUCAGAUCGGGAAUAAAGAUUUAGAAACUGGUUUUCAAAUUUGGCUUCAACUAAUGUUUCCAAUGAUAGGAGAAAAAAAUUGUCCUUCUUAUGCUUUGGAGUAUGUAGAAGAACUAGUAAGCAAAGUGAAUAAAACUGGUUUCAAGAAGAACAUUAUACACGUUAGAGACUUCUUUCCAAUAUUAGACUUCAUACAUUCAAAAGAGUUACCAAAAGGUGCACAGAAACGAUUAAUGACUGUCUAUCCUACUCUUAAGCUGCUGAGUUAUGGAUGUGAACCAGAAAAUAUUUUAAGAAAUUACUUCCCUUCUUAUCUUCGUAGACUGGAACCUCAGUGCUCUCAACUUUUGAAAUCAGAGAUAUUAUCUAGUCUUGUUUACUGCUUAGGAAAAGAUGCUCGUUGCUUCAGUGUAUGGCGACAACUUUACACAAAACACUUUGUUCAAUCAAAACUAUUUAUUGCUCACCUGAAUGAGCAGUGGGAUGUGCUGCCAUCUAGCUUACCUAGAAAGCCUCUUAGGGAAACACUCUCUGUUUUUCAAGUCACAAAUGAAGAAUUAAUGAGCAGCUCAAAGAAAUCCAACGAUGUUGAAGAAUGCUCUCUUAUCAAUAAAGAUUUGCUCACAAAGUUGAAUUCUAGCAGAGUUUCAUGGCUACGAGUGAUUGGUGUAUUUAUUCUUCUGAUUUCUACCUUAUUAAUUGCUGAUGUAGGAAUACAUGGCACAUUUAACAAAUCCCUUACUGGAAAAUUCAUGAAAGACACAGGUCUUAUCGUUGUUUGCAAUCAAGUGGCUGAGAAGUUAACAUACUUUUAUAAAAGAAUUCUGAAGCUUCUUGAGAUUUAUACUCCAGCUAUCUUUGAAUGGUACCACUCAACAUUCCUGCCUUAUGUUGAACUUUUUAUGAAGGAACUCUCCCACAUUAUGUAUAAUAUGUGGAAUAGUACAUCAACAUUAAGGAGGUGGUGCAAUGAGCAGUUUCCCCCAAUGUUGGAAACAAUUGAAAAGCAAAUCCCUUACUUGAAAGAGAAUUUGAGUGUGUUAUUAAAGAACCUUUCAUCCUUCGUAUUGCAAUAUUUAUCUCUUCUUUGGAAUUUUGCUGGAGAUAUAACUCUCUCUAUUCAGUCUAAUGAUCAUAUAAUUUAUAUGUGGGAAGAGAUAAGCACAUAUUCUGCAAUAGCUGCAAGAGGUAUUCAACAGUAUGCAACAUCUUUGUUGCAUUAUAUGCAACCCUAUAUUCCUUGGUCAACAAAUUAAGCAUAGAUUUUUGUUAUUUAUGAAAAUUUGUAUUUUUGUAGCAAUUUCUUUUUUACAUUAAUAAAUAUUUUUAGGUA